AGGUACGCAUGCGCAGUUCCGGCCGCAGGCUGACACACCGUGAGCGUCUGUCGCCUUCCUGAGUCGCGGUCAGUGUUAGUGACACCUUCAGCAUGGGGCUGACGAUCUCCUCCCUGUUCGGGAGACUGUUCGGGAAGAAACAGAUGCGGAUCCUCAUGGUGGGUCUGGAUGCUGCAGGUAAAACCACCAUAUUGUACAAACUAAAACUUGGAGAAAUUGUGACUACAAUCCCAACUAUUGGGUUUAAUGUGGAGACUGUGGAGUACAGGAACAUCUGCUUCACCGUGUGGGAUGUCGGUGGUCAGGAUAAAAUCCGUCCUCUGUGGAGACAUUACUUCCAGAACACUCAGGGUCUGAUCUUCGUGGUGGACAGUAAUGACAGAGAGAGAGUGGCUGAGUCUGCUGAUGAACUCUCCAAAAUGCUGCAAGAAGAUGAGCUGAGAGACGCUGUGCUGCUGGUGUUUGCUAACAAACAGGAUUUGCCCAACGCCAUGCCGGUCAGCGAGCUCACAGAUAAACUGGGCCUGCAGAGUUUGCGCAGCCGAACGUGGUACGUUCAGGCCACAUGCGCUACACAAGGAACUGGACUCUAUGAAGGACUGGACUGGUUAUCCAACGAGCUGUCUAAACGCUAGUGCUGUCCAUCACCCCCCAUACAGCGAGAGGGUGUGUGUGUGUGUGUGCGCGCGCGCGUGUGUGUGUGUGCGCGCGUGUAUGCGUGAGCGUGUGCGCACGUGUAUGUGUGAGCGUGUGAGUGUGUGUGAGUGUGUGUGUGUGUGUACAGGUGAUCUAUCUAUGAACUCUGUUCUCAAGAACUAGUGUGUGAUGAUGGGACUAACCUGGGGGGGGUGGGGCUCGUUACCACCACCGUGCUCCUGUUUCUUCCUCUUACUUCCAGUCUCGUCAUGUUUAGUUUUAUUGUUUUAUCUGAUUAGUAAUAAGAUACAACGGGUCGUGUCACGUGACUCGUCUCUUGGGUUUUUAUUUAAGGAACAAGCCACGCCCACUUUUCUGUCAGCGAGCAAGGGGUUAAUUGCGUAAUUAAUAAAGUAAGGAGAUGUAAGUUGCAGCUCCUUGUAGAUCUGCAGUAACACUUAAGUUUGGGUACUUAGUCAUAAAUAUCAGAUUGGUUUGGUUCAUCUGUCUAAUCAUCUGUCUCACAUGACACACUGUAGGCAUCAAUGUCUUAUUUAUUCACUAAUUAACCACUUAGGGUCCAUCAUGAUGAGUUUCAUUCUAAUGUAAGUUUUGGCUAAUGGCCAGGCUCCAUGGGGUAAAUCAUGGGGUAAAUCACAGUGUUGUACACGAUGUUUAUUAAUAUUUACACCAUUACAGUUAAACUGCCCUAAAAUUUGUGUUAAAGAUUUAUUUUGUAAGAAGUUUUUGAGCCUUUUUUAGUUUAGAUUUCUUUGUCUGUUCUGUUUCCUACAUUACCCACAAUGCCACAAUGCUGCGUGCGAUGCAGCGGAGCUUUAUUCCUUCGGUCUGUUCAUCUCCUCCUGUAGUGGAGUUGUUCAGCUGCAUUGCAUUCUGGGACCAGUGUUUAUUUCAGCUCUUCUUGUACUUGUGUUUAUGUGCUGAUGCUGAAUGCUGCUUCGCCCCGAGACCUCAGAGUCACCUCAGAGUCACCUCAGAGUCACCUCAGAGUCACCUCAGAGUCACCUCAGAGUCACCUCAGAGUCACACACAAUCACGAACGUUUCCCAGGAAUAACAACAACGUUCCCACACGUUAGCACCAGAAUGUCUGAACAUGUUUACCUGUAGUGGUUUCUGGGUGGAGUCGAAGUUCUGCUGGUGCAACUGGUUUCACAGCAGUGUCAUGAAAUCAAUCCUGGUUUGUUGUUGGAAACGAGACCAGCUCCGUGUUUCAGAGCAACACGUCACCUACAGUGGUGAUUUUAUAGCUGGAGCCUUGUGUGUGUGUCCUGUGUGAAGGUCACUACAUCUUUACUCCUCACAUUCCGAGCUGGAUGAACUGUGUAUGACUUUAUAUUCUGUUUAUUUCCUCGAGCCCAAGUCCCAGGUUCACUGUUGAUGAUCGUGUCCUCGUGUCUCCGCCUGCUCUCAUGUUAACGUGUCGCUCGAGUUCCGCUGUUCAAGUGCAAGAUUCCACAACACGAUCCUGUGUGUUUCCACACACACACUUAUCACUUCUGUCGUUUAAAACAAAUCCGUACAAAGUCUCAUUAAAACACUCCUGAAGCUCUAAGCAGCAUGAUGUGUAAAGUGUAAAGCCUCACAGCCCUGCGUCCCUCAGCAGGGGUUUUAAUAAAGAUGGAUAAUAAAAGAACUGCAGCGUUUCUGUGCUUUUCUUUUUCUUUUAAUAAUACGACCAGCAGCAGCAGCGAAGGACGAUCUAAAGUUAUAUUAAAGCAGUUUGUCAUUUGUUUAUUUGUAGUUUGCAUUUUCAUGUCAGAUAAAAUGCUCCUUAGCGUAAACUCCACAGUAACACACGCUUCUGAAGGAGCUUCACGUCGAUCUCGCUCUUCUGUGGAAUCUCUCUCUCUACACCUCCUCACAUUUACACUGAUGAACAAAAGCCUUUUUAAUAUUUAGUCCAGUUUUUAUUCCAGGAGCAGAACCAAAAAUGUCAGGAGUAAGAAAAGAAAAAAAAAAUGAUGUAAAAGUGUUUUAGUUAAUGAUUCUCAUGCAAACCUUAAUCAGUGUUUUCAUCAGUUCCAAAGGAACCGAAAGUGUUUCGGCUUAACGAUAAGUGACAAAUGUGCUGUUUCUCCUGGAGAACAUUGUAAGGUUCUAGAUCCACUGGCAGUGUGUAAGAGAACAAAACCUCCAGUGAGCUCAUUAACACGCCGUUUAUUUCAUCUGAUAGAAAUGAUCACAUUUAUAAAGCCUUAAAAUAAAAACUCAAUCAUUCAUCCAGAAAUAUGGAAACUUUAUUAUUAUUAAAAGUAUUUAUUAUUGUUAUUAUUAUUUUUAUUAUUAUUAUUAUUGUUAUUAUUAUUAUUGUUGUUAUUAUUUUUAUUAUUGUUGUUGUUGUUAUUAUUAUUAUUAUUAUUAUUAUUAUUAUUAUUAUUAUUAUUAAUAAUGUUGAUUCAUCAUGAAAUGUCAGAGUUUCGGUUUGGAGGGCGUUCGAAACUCGAGAGUUGUUUGUCUUUCCGUGACGUCAUCUGUCUUAUGAGAGCGUGGGAUGAGGGGUGUGGUCUGAAGGGGCGUGGUCUGAAGGGGCGUGGAGAGCAGUAAGGUGAAGAAGAUAAAUAGUAACCAGAAGAGAAACUCUGUCUUUUCUUUCCGCAGGACGUCUUCAGUGUGCAGGAGCCGACACCGAGCUCGUCCUGCUCUGCUGCUCCUGCUGGAUUUCUCUGGCCUUGUAGCCGCUGCUUGCUUUUUCCCUAAUCGAUAUGUUGUCAUGGUUACAGAUCUCAUGAGGAGGAAGAGGAGUUAAAUCAUGUCUCCCAAGGGGCAUGGCACUCGGUCCUGCUGCCCCUCUGUCAGGCAUCGUGUGGAGGGUGACGCCAUCCCAGAUAGUCUGCACUUAGGGUUCAGCAGGUCUGCAGUGUACAGCACCGGGUCGAAACAGACCUGCCAACGAACCUCAGAACCAGAAACAACCACAAACCACAAAAAGCUUUUCUCUCUUCUGGUGUCUGUUGCUUGGUUGGCAGGUUCUGUGGUUGGCCUGCCGGAAACAAACAACCUGUUGUGAUCUCUUCAAGGCUGUGCGCUAAUUUCCAAUCAUUAAAAAAACCAAUAAAAAUAGUAAAACUCUGGAACAUAAA